GGAGGAGGAGGAGGAAGGCGCCGGCCCCCGCUGAGUGCCGCGGCCUUGGAAGCGGUUGGCGGAGAAAGGCGAGGCCCGACGGGGCUCAGCGCCCGGGAAAGGAGCCGAGCGGUUCUUCUGAGUGCAGAAGAGACACUUCAUCGGGUGCUCUGUUCUGCCAGCGGCCUUCCUUGAGUCUGCUCCCCCCUGACUGGUUCCUAAAAUCAUUGGCCACUCACCCAUUCCAGAAGAUCCCGAGGGCUUCUGUCCAUAGUGUGUUUCGUUGGAUUUAUUUGGCCUCAGAAAGAGGAUCCAUGUACACCCCAAGUGGCUCGGUGUUGCCCAGUGGGCGCAGGCGGAGAGGCCAGGAUGGGAGUGCCUUGCCAAAGCAGCCAGAGAGGAGCCUGGCGUCUGCAUUGCCUGGUGCCCUCUCAAUAACUGCCCUGUGUACUGCACUAGCAGAGCCUGCUUGGCUACGGAUUCAUGGGGGCACUUGUUCUCGCCAAGAGCUGGGAGUUGCUGAUGUGCUAGGAUAUGUAGACCCGGAAUUACUUAAAGACUAUUGCAUGAACCCCCAGACAGUGUUGUUGCUUCGGGUUAUUGCUGCCUUCUGCUUCUUGGGAAUCAUCUGCAGCCUUUCAGCUUUCCUGUUGGAUGUAUUUGGACCAAAACACCCUGCACUGAAGAUCACACGACGUUACGCAUUUGCCCACAUCCUCACAGUGCUGCAGUGUGCCACUGUGAUCGGGUUUUGUUAUUGGGCCUCGGAGCUCAUCCUUGCGCAGCAGCAGCAGCACAAAAAGUACCAUGGCUCACAGGUGUAUGUUACCUUUGCCGUUAGCUUUUACCUGGUGGCUGGAGCUGGCGGGGCCUCCAUCCUUGCCACAGCUGCCAACCUACUGCGCCAUUACCCAACUGAAGAGGAAGAGCAGGCAUUGGAGCUCCUCUCGGAGAUGGAAGAGAAUGAACCUUAUCCAGCAGAAUAUGAAGUGAUCAACCAGUUCCAGCCACCUCCAGCAUAUACACCAUAAUGCUACCACUGAACGACUGGGCUGUGGGAAAGAAGGCUUUCUUUUAGCCCAGCUGCAGAUCCUAACUGCACACAAUCACUUGGGACUGCAUUCCCUUGCCUGGAGCCACUCACUGGUGCUUUUCUUUCCCAGGUGGUUCACUCACUUUUAUGACCUCCCAGCCAGGAAGAGAACUCACUUUGGAGCUGCAAACUGAAGCUUUGCUCAUGCUGUGACUUCCAAAGCAGCCCUCUGGGUGAUUUUUCUUUCCCAGCCCCUUGCGUUUCGUACAGCAAGUGACUCAAAGAACUGACUGGUGUGACCCAGCUAUAGGUUUGUGCUUUUUUGUGACUCAGCAAACUUGACCCGGGCAGUCCAGCUACUUGCAGUCACUUGGGUGUCCUCCUGUACAGAGAGGCAAAGCACAGCUACUCCAGGAGAGGUCUUGCCGUGUAUGUGAAAGAGAUGGCAUGUGCAAGCUUGACUUAAGUGUUUGGGAAGACGGGGGGAGGGGUCCACAGUUUUUUUUUUGCAUUGUGAUAAGAUCUUUCACACUAGUAUGCACACUUGUGGUAGUGAGUUCAGCAGUCCUGCACUGUUCAUCCACCCACACUCAGAGGCACUGCCUCUUUGGG